ACGACUUACCUGUAAAUAAGCAAAAAGUAUAACAUAUCUGGUCUUUUGUUUUUUCAAAGUAAAAAAAAUUAGUACCUGUUUCCCAGGACACAACUGCAGUGAAGUGCCUUCGUAAACAAUUACCAAAGGAACAUAAUAUCUAAUUUGUAAAUGACACUUUCUGAUGGUUUAGUACAAAGGAAAAAGACAAAUAAUACAACUGAAUACGAUGAUUUUUCUGUAAACUCUCAUAAUCCAGAGGAGCACACCAACUUGAACGAUAAAUUUGAUAAAUGCUGGUCUAUGACUUUAAUGGAACAAAUUAUGCUUUUGGGUUUAAAAGAUUUUGAAAAUAUAUACCGCGUUCAGGGUCAUACUUCCUUUUGGAACGACUACAUCUCUCCUGCAUUGCGCGGCUGUAUACUUGUAGAGCUCUGCUUUCGAAAAAGGAUCCGCUUAGCGCCGAACAUGGGGAUUCGCAAGAAAUCACUUCUGCGACGGCACGUGGAGCUAGUGGACAGCCGGUCAACUGGAGAAGUUUUACUGGACGAGGCGUUGAGACAUAUAAAGGAGUUAAGCGAUCUUGGCGAAUUCCACAACACCGAGUACUGGGUCGAACUUCUUAGCGGAGAGACGUGGAACCCGCUAAGGUUGAAGUACCAACUCAAAAACCUCAGAGAAAGAAUAUUAAAGCAGUUGACCGAAAAAGGCGUGCUGGGCACAGAGAAGCAGAGCUUUGUGCUGUUCGAUGUGGUCACGCACCCAGUCGCCGACGGAAGCAGCAAAAAGGCCCUCGUGUCACUUCUCCAGAGCAGUCUACUUUCCAAGUGGCAGAAUGAUCUUCGCCGCUUCGACAAACGCGUGCUUUCUUUAGUGUACUUGGCCCACUCUGCCGACGUACUGGAUCCCGUUCUGGACUUGCUUUCGGACGAGACCUACAACUUAGCCAUGAAGCACAUCAGUAAGCUUCUUGACGUGAACUUUGAGAACGAGGCGGUGCAGGAGCCUGAGUUCGAGGUCAUGUGGGCUGUGUUCGACGUGUUUAGCACCCGAUGACACUCCAGCUCGAUG